GCUGAUGGGGGGGGGGGGGGGGGGGGCUGAGUCACACACUGGCCGGACUAUAUAUAUAUGCAUCACGUCAGGCUAGAGGGGCUAGGAGACACACCCCAGGCGCCCAGCAGACAUACCGAAAAGAACCGACACAACAACUUGGAGCAACAUGUCACAGCCAGGCGAAGUGAAAAAGAAGAAGCGUCCCCCCAUGAAGGAGGAGGACCUGAAAGGAGCCCGCAGCAAACUGGGCCUAAAGGGUGAAGUCAAGAGUAAGACCUAUGAGGUCAUGGCGGAGUGUGAGAGAAUGGGCAAAGUAGCACCGUCCGUGUUCAGCAACGUCAGGUCAGGGGCUGAGACGUCCCUGGCCAAGCCUGCUGCCCAAGCCCCAGGAGCCAGCGUGUUCAACAAGUAGCGCCUCAUUGCAAGACUCGUUUGCGAAAAUACUUGAUGCCAUCGAGUUGAUGUUUUUUUUAUAUUGAUAUGCAACCAUUUAAAAAAAAAAAAUGUUUACACGGUCGGUGAGUUGCACUUUGCAAUUUACACAGUGAAUGAAUCAGACAUGCAUGAGUCACACUGAUGUGUUCCCAAUCAAUGCUUGGAAGUAUUUUUUUCUGUUUGUAUGUUUUUUUUCUCUUGUUCACUAUAAAGAAAUAAAAAGUGACUUGCCGCAAAAGCACCAUGUACAAAAACA